AUGGGCUACCCGUCGAAGGGCCAGGGUGCUGGCAAAUCAAAGGACCUUCAAAAGGGUUCUCCAGGUGCCUUUGACAAAGGGCUGAAAGGAAAGGCAUCCAAAGGAUCGGAAACCAAGGGGUCCAGAGAUGGCAAGAGCCUUACACCUGACCUUAAGGGAAAGGGCAAACCUUUCCCUACGCCUGAUAAGGGAAAGGGGAAACCGUUCCCUACACCUGAUAAGGGAAAGGGCAAACCGUUCCCUACACCUGAUAAGGGAAAGGGGAAACCUUUCAAGGGAAAGGGGAAACCUUUGGGAAAGAAGGGCGAGGGCAAGGAAGCUUCGAAAGAUGAGACCCCAAAGACCACCACCACUCCUGACAGCCCGAAAGAUGACCAGAAGACGGAAGAGCCGGGGGCUACCAUGCCUGAGAAGCCUGCACCAAAGGAGACCGCAACCAGUGCACCACUCCCCCCUACACUGGCCAGUGGGUUUGGUGGGAUGACUGAGGAUGAUCGUGGCAAGUUACCUAUUCAGAUCCUCAGUGAGCAUGAAUCCAAGGUCAAGGCAUGGGUCAAGACUUUGGAUGGCCCAGCUGUGGUAAAGAAUUUGAAGGUUGCCACGGCACACCCAUACUACGACCAGUUUGUUUCCAAGUUCCACAAAACAAACUUUGGGGCUGGUGGUCGGGAUGACUUGGUUGAGUUCGACAACUGGCUCAAAAAGAUGGAAAUUUCAGAGAAACGAACCUCCCCCAGCCCUCUUUCAGUUGCUACGUCUGAACCUGCAGAACCUGCAAAGGCAGCGCCUAAACCUGCAAGGGGUAAGGGCAAGGGGUCUGCACCUGCAGAACCUGGUUCAGCAAAGGCCUCCGUACCCAGACCCGAUGUCAGUGAUGAUGCAACUUCUACUUCAAAGGUGCCUGACGAUGCCUUGCCCAAACUCACACCUGACCAGCAGAAUGCAUACAAGAACUACUGGAAGAAGUUCUCGAACCCAGACCUAGGUGAAGUUUCCACCUCGCCUGCCAUGCCUGCCACCACACCGCCUGAGGGAACAGGCACACCUUUGCCAUCCCCACCGACUUCGGCCUCUUCAUCACCACCUGCUGUCACCCCGGAGUGCAAGAAGCCUGCAGGUAUCUUACGGCGAAGUACAUCGGUGAUGAGCGAUGGUACCGGAGAUGUGCCAAUGACUCCCCUUGUUGAUGCGAUGACCUCGAUUGAUGAGCUGCCCCCUGACGAACGAAAACGUCAACGGGAAGCUCUUCGUCGUCGUAUGCAACAAGGAGGUUGGGAUCGCCCACUUUUAGGUCUUCGCCCAGGCCUUUUGCAAAAGUAUCAAAAUGCGGUGACUGCUGAUGAGAAAUUUGCCUUGCUUAAGGCAUUUAUGCUCGACCCAGUGUCGAUGGCAGAAAUGACUAUUGAGGCAAGCUACGCGGAGAUGUCAAAAGAAGAGGACAAAGCAAAGUGGGUGGAAUUGCCCCUGUGCCAGCUGAGGCAGGAAUUUACUUCGGAAGCGGAACAGCGCUUCUUACAGGAAAAAAUUAUCAAUGUCCAGGCAGGCCGUUGUCACCCCCAAGACUUCACGGGGGAGGACACGGAAAUGCGCCUUUACUGGGUGUUCCGAGAGGGGUCUGGGGUGAGUAAGCAAAGCCGAGAAGUUGGAACAAAGGUCACUGGAAAAGGAUCAGUUCCCGCCAACAAAGCGGCCAGAGCUGCAAUUGCAGACACUCUUGUGGGACGGGCAGCCGAGUUCAGUCGGAAAGGGGCCCCGUCUGCAGACUCGGGCAAGGGUUCCAAAGGAAAGACUAAGACUGGAAAAGCCGGAGGGAAGACAAAAAGUACCAGUACUCGGAAGGCUGCUAAGGAGCUGAGCGAGGAUGACCGGAAGAAGAAGGAGUUCAAAGCCAAACUGGAAGCGUGUGGCAAGUUGGCUUCGAAUGCCCGCGCUGCAGCUGAAAGCUUAAAGUCAAGUGGAAUCCCUCACCAGGAGGCGAUCAUUGCACAGUUGGGGGCAACCUACAAGGACCUCACAGCACUGGUGGAAAAGAUUUCAGAUAUGAUCUUCAAGGCCGAGCCUUUUGACUCCUAUUCGAAGCUGUUGGAAGCCAAAGAAUCUGUGCUGGAGGCCUGCAAAGCUGCCGAGAAGCGCAAGCACGAAAAAGCAGCUGCUAAGGCCAAAGGUGCACCGGCCCCCAAAAAGCCGAAGGUGAAGGAAGAAUGGGCACCUGCGGCCAAACCGGAAGCCGAUGCAGAGUGGCCGGAGGAUUGGCCAGAGGAGUUCGAGGAGGAUCCCGAUAUCGAUGGCGAAGAGUACCCCGAGGAUGAAUGGGACACGGAAGGAAUUUUCCCGGAUGUCAUGCAUACCACCCACUUGGCAUUGGCGCCGGAUGUGAUCACAUCGUGCCUACUGGAUUGGUCGGAUGAUUCUUCCUAUUUUGCUGGGGGUUCACGGGACCGCCGACUGAAUGAAAUGUGGCAAAGCUACCGUUCUUGGUGUGAGUCCCAAAGCUAUCCCAUGGGUGAAAGGGCCCAAAGAAAGUUGUUUACCAGUAGUGUUUUGAAGCCAGAUCAUGGCCAGUACACGGAAAUAUCACAGAAGGUGCUGAAUGCUAGUGCUGCCCGGUAUAUGCUUUUUUGGAUUUCCUCCAUUGCCAAGCAAUUUGCGGAGUGGUCCCAAGCUGAUUCAGAUAUGUACAGGGCUGGAGCAACAGCUGGGUUGGCUGAGAUGGAAGUGGUGAUGCUUGAGUCGGCGCGAUUUCAUACGAAUUCCCAAUGGGAAAAACUUGAACAAUGCUACCUCUUGUACAGAGCAGCCAGCUCUAAACUGGGGGUUUUAUCCCUUGAAAAGGGGUUGACCCGCUGGAGGCAGCGGCCAAAGUCCCAUAGCUUGGAGCAUGGGGUAUACGACUUUUGGAAAGCCAACAUGCGGUAUAUGGCUAACUAUCUUGACGAAGAUUUUGUCCGACGUUCAAAGCAACUAGCCAUUAAGGCAAGUCCAAAAUAUGUCUCUAGACAUGUGCUGUUUCGGUACUCAAUUGCAGCGACCCUUCGCUGGACUCAGAUGUUACCAGAGUGA